CCUUUCCCUCCCUUCACGUGUCCGCGGGGCCGGAUUGCGGCAGGACUCUGGGUUCGACCGCUUAGGGCGCGGAGUCACAGUGGGCAUCAUGGCAGGACAGGCCUUUUGGAAAUUUAUUCCGCUCUUUGAUCGUGUAUUAGUGGAAAGGAGUGCGGCUGAGACUGUCACCAAAGGAGGCAUUAUGCUUCCAGAAAAAUCUCAAGGCAAGGUGUUGCAAGCGACAGUGGUUGCUGAUGGAUCGGGCUCCAAAGGGAAGAGUGGAGAGAUUGAACCUGUUAGUGUAAAAGUUGGAGACAAAGUUCUUCUACCAGAAUAUGGAGGCACCAAAGUGGUUAUAGAUGACAAGGAUUAUUUCUUAUUUAGAGAUGGGGACAUUCUUGGAAAGUAUGUAGACUGAAAAUACCACACUUGAAAUGGCAUCCCAUGAAGCCGCCCAUUCCACUGAAGUACUGAAAUCUUUCAUCAUGUAAAUAAUUUCCUGUCUCUUUUAUAAUAAACUAAUGCUAUCCAAACUAAUGACAUCAGUCUCUUAACUUUUAGUUUCCCUUUACUGAUAUAAAUACUUCUAAAUAAAAAUAUAUAAGUGAA